AUGGCGUUACGUGUUAUAAACAUGGUUACCAGAGGAACAACUUCCAGUAUUUUACUCACCGGUAGACGACUAUCAUACCCUCGCACCAUUUUGUUUGGCGCACAUCAGCCGGCCCGUUUCGCUGGGAAAUGGUUCCCGGAUCAGCAGUUUAUCGAGCAGUUCAAGGGCCCGGUCAUGUACCCGGACGCCGUUACCUCCCGUUGGAAGAUGCCACCGUGGAACAGCAAGAUCGCUCCAGUCGAGAAAACGGUGCGGAACAUGAAACUCAACUUCGGACCACAACAUCCUGCAGCCCACGGUGUGCUGCGGUUGGUGCUGGAACUGGACGGUGAGACGGUGAUGCGUGCGGAUCCACACAUCGGUCUACUGCACCGUGGCACGGAGAAGCUUAUCGAGUACAAGACGUACACCCAAGCACUGCCCUACUUCGACCGUCUCGACUACGUCUCGAUGAUGUGCAACGAGCAGUGUUACUCGCUCGCCGUAGAGAAGCUGCUAAACAUCGACAUUCCGCUGCGGGCGAAGUACAUUCGCGUACUAUUCGCGGAAAUUACGCGCAUUCUGAAUCACAUCAUGGCUAUCGGUACGCAUGCGUUGGACGUGGGCGCACUGACACCGUUCUUCUGGCUGUUCGAGGAGCGCGAAAAGAUGAUGGAGUUUUACGAGCGUGUGUCGGGUGCACGCAUGCACGCAGCCUACGUGCGACCCGGUGGUGUUGCUCAGGAUCUUCCGCUCGGGUUGCUGGACGAUAUCUAUGAUUUUGCGUCCAAGUUUGCGGAUCGCUUGGACGAGGUAGAGGAUGUCCUAACGAGCAACCGUAUCUGGAUGCAGCGCACGAUUAACAUUGGUGUGGUAUCGGCGGCCGAUGCCAUAAACUACGGAUUCAGCGGUGUCAUGCUUCGUGGAUCCGGCAUCAAGUGGGACCUUCGUAAAACGCAACCGUAUGAUGCGUACGAUCGGGUCGAGUUUGAUGUCCCUAUCGGUACGAAAGGUGAUUGUUACGAUCGUUACCUGUGCCGCAUCGAGGAGAUGCGACAGUCUCUGCGCAUCAUCGACCAGUGCGUGAACCAGAUGCCGGCCGGUGAGAUUAAGACGGACGACGCAAAGAUAUCUACACCAUCGCGUCUGGAGAUGAAACAAUCGAUGGAAGCUCUUAUUCACCAUUUCAAGCUGUUCACGCAAGGCUACCAAGUACCACCCGGCUCCACUUACACCGCGGUGGAAGCUCCAAAAGGUGAGUUCGGUGUGUAUCUGGUCUCGGAUGGUUCCAGCCAACCGUAUCGCUGCAAGAUAAAGGCACCCGGGUUCGCUCAUCUGGCCGCACUGGACAAGAUCGGCCGUCACCAUAUGCUAGCGGACGUAGUAGCCAUUAUCGGCACGCUCGAUGUCGUGUUUGGUGAAAUUGAUCGCUAA